UGUCAGAGAUUUCGUAGUGCUCUCACAAUCUCCCCCAACAACCCACACCCAUAACCCCUCAUAGACAGACUGUAGAAACAUUUGCACGGAGAGAAAAAUCCCUCGCUCGAAAGAUGCCAAAGGAGAGAAUGCCGUGCGAGCCGCGGCCAUCGCGGACUCUGCUAUCGCCAGAUUGCUUUGAUCGUUCCGGAAAGUUGGUUUAUUACGAGAAUGCAGCUGCUGGCAUGUUGAAGCAGGAGGAAGUCCCUUGUGGCGUGCGCAAGGACAGGCCGGUGAAGCCCAAGGACGUGCAUGGCAAGCGCAUGCUGCCGCCGGGCACACGUCCACCGGGACGUGUCCCAGGUGCCUUGGCCGCCAUGGCACGCCGCAUCGGCGGCAACAAGCCGACGCCCAGCGAGAAGCGUGCCGAGUCCGGCAAGGCCACCUUCUUCCAUGUGCAGGGCCAGUCGUGGGAGUCGAAGGGCUUUGCCGAGCUCACGCCCACAGAGCUGGAGCGGAUGCGUUCGGGCCGGCCAAAGAGCGCCGAUGAGAAGCGGGCGGAGCAGGCCCAGAAACAGGAAGAGCAGCGCGAACACACUGAAGAGACCGAACGGAUCCGCAACUAUUUUCACGCCAUUGACGAGCAGCGGCGCGAGAAGGAGCGCGAGCGCCAGCGGCAGCAGGAUGUGGAGGCGGCCGACGUUGACGAGGAGCAGCGGGCGGAGGCGAAGCGCCUCAAGGUGUUGCAUCAUUCGCUGAACGCCAAAUACGAGAUGGACGAACGGGUGCGGGAGGCGACCAAGGCCAUUUCCGAGGCCAAAUGCAGUGCCAUGUGGACGGCCCAGAUACAGGAGCGUCGCCUGCUAGACCGUAUCCAGGCCGAAUAUGACGCCCAUCAGGCGCGCAAGAAUCUCGAGUUUAACAACAGCAAGUGGGGCACCGUCGAGCAGAAGGACGCGGCCGACGAGGACAAGCGCCGCCAGUUUGGUGCGGAUGUCCGCCAGCAGAUCCUCGACCGUGAGAAGAUGCGCUACGUGGCCCAGGACCGGCAGAAGCAGGAGGCACGCGAGAUGCGUGUGGCUGUCGACGAAUACAAGAAGGCGGAGGCCCAUCAUGUCCAGACCAUCUCCAAGGGUAAGCUGAACUAUCGCGAGGAGCUGGACAAGUACUCCAAGAUGCAUCGUGAGUUUGUGCGCAUGAUGUGCCAGCAGGACCAGAGCGACGAGCAGCGCGCCUACGACUAUCUGCUGCAGAAGGAGGCCAAGCUGCGGGAGGAGCGUGCCGAGAUGAAGGCCCACAAGGCCGAGGUGAAGCGGCAGCGUGACGCUCUGUUUGUCGUACAGCAGAAGAUUCUCGAUGCCAAGGACAAUCAGGACGAGAUGCGCUUCAUUGCCGAGCACGAGCGACUCGAGCGCAAGUAUCGCGAAACGGAGCGCCUGGCCGCCGAAAAGGAGCGCCGCAUCGCCGACGAACUGCGUAAGGGCAAUCUCGAGCAGCUGGACCGCCUCAGCCAGAUGAAGGCCUGCUACUACGCCCAGCGGGAGCGCGACAACAAGUUAAUGCUGCAGUACCGUGCCGAGGAGGAGGAGCUGAGCAAGGCUGAGGCCGCGGCGGACAAGGUGAAGCGGGAGAAUCUCCGCUCGGGCGUCGCCUGUCAGAUGGAGGAGCGCGAAAAGGCCCGUCGCCGUGAGCUUGCCGCCGAACGGCUUGAGUUCGAGAAGGCACGCGCCGCGGAGAUUCAACGCCAGACAGAGAUCGAUACGGUGAUUGCCGUGAAGCUGGAUGAUCUGACCAAGCGUGGAUGUCUGCCAGGGAAAGCCCUCAAUACGCUGAAGGGUCGUGUGGCAAAUGCGGCACACAAGAAGCUGGGGGCAGAGAUGAGUUAAGCUCUGCCCCACACACACCACACCACACACACAUUACACUCAUUUAUACACACACACAAAAGUCCUCUCCAUACACAUGCACACACGCACACUUCAGAAGAUGACAAAUGGCACUAAACACACACAAAAACAAAAACACACACACACACACAGACGUGUAUACGUAUAUGUAUAUGUAUGUAAGAGAAUGCCACGAAUUAAAACUUGAAGCAUACUCUGCGG